UGGAUGAAAGUUGUAAGACUACAUAUUUCUCUCUUUUUUCUUUAAUAUCUCUCUAUUCUAUUCAUGCACGAAUAGUGCCAUUAGAGGUUUUACAGCACAGCAAGGUUUAUGACUGUGAAGAGAGAGAGAGAGAGAGAGAGAGAGAGAGAGAGAGAGAGGUGUAUUCCUUGCUUUCACUCUGUUCGGCGUCUCCGUGAUCUUCGCCGUGUUCCGUUACCAAGACAAUCACGGAUUACUAGGCUCGUUGUUCCGUCCCCGCGUCUCCCGUUACCGGAGUCUCGGGAAUGUCGAAUUCCAGGAAAGACUUUGACGUUAAACAGAUAUUGCGCAUCCGUUGGCGAUGGUUCGGCCACCCCACAUCUCCUCCUUCUCCCGGUAACCAGCCUUCGGGUGAUCUUUUCAGCAGCAGUCGGGGCACCGGGGGCCCCUCAUCCUUCAGCGGGGAUCAGCCCUCUCUCGGCGGCUGCAGUAGCUCCAAUGCUGCCGCCGGUGCCAGCUCAAGUAAUGGCAACUCUUCCUCCAACAUCAACAACAACCGAAAGUUUGGGGAUUCGGGUCCGAGCAGCGGGCACUCAGCGGUGGUGGUGGUGGGCGCCUCCGCGUGUCCUCGGUCAAUGAGCCAACAGGAGUGCCGGAGUCCUCCGCCGGUGCCUUGGGUCUUCCCUGCCCACUCGCGCUCCAGCGAGAGCCUGGAUCCGCUCCAGCAACAGCAACAGCAGCAACAGCAGCAGCAGCAGUCCACGCGUGUAUCAGACGCUCCUGGCCCUGGAGACGAUGAGAACAACAACCACAACGUGGAGUCUGACUCGAGCUCCUGCAGGACAUCCAACAGCAGUGCGACAUUGUCCUCAUGUGCGUCGAUGGAGCCGUGUGUGUCAGAUGAACACUUCCAGGCACACAGUCACGCUGAACACACCUUCAGACGCAUGGAGGCCUACCUGAGGACCAGGAAGCUCUGUGACGUUGUGCUACUCGCCGGGGACCGCAGAAUACCUGCUCACAGACUGGUUCUCUCAUCAGUGUCUGAUUACUUUGCGGCCAUGUUCACCAGUGAUGUCCGAGAGGCAAAACAAGAGGAGGUCAAAAUGGAGGGUGUUGACCCAGAUGCAUUAUGGAUCUUAGUACAGUAUGCUUACACAGGCCGUUUGGAGUUAAGAGAGGACACUAUAGAGAGUUUGUUGUCAGCGUCCUGUCUCCUGCAGCUGUCUGCAGUGGUGCAGGCCUGCUGCAGUUACCUGAUGAAACAGCUUCAUCCCUCCAACUGUUUGGGCAUUCGAUCCUUUGCAGAUGCUCAGGGCUGUCUGGACCUCCAUAAGGUGGCACAUAACUACACUAUGGAGCACUUUAUGGAGGUCAUGAGGCAUCAGGAGUUUUUGCUCUUGCCUGCAUGUGAGGUGGAGAAGCUGUUAGCUUCUGAUGACAUGAAUGUGCCAGAAGAGGAAACUGUGGUAACGGCCCUCCUCAGCUGGGUCCAGCAUGAUGCGCCCACCCGUCAAUCACAGUUGCCUGCUCUCCUCUCUCACAUCCGCCUACCCCUGCUUAAACCACAGUUUUUGGCAGAUAUGGAGGCAAAUCCAUUGUUACGGGACAGUGUGGAGUGUCAGCGGUUGGUGAUGGAGGCCAUGAAGUAUCAUUUGUUGCCAGAGAGAAGGCCGCUCCUCCAGAGCCCGAGGACACGGCCGCGCAAGGCCACUGUAGGAGCGCUUUUUGCUGUGGGUGGCAUGGACGCUACAAAAGGGGCCACCAGUAUUGAGCAGUACUGUUUACGGAGAGACACCUGGCGGCAGGUGGCUGUCAUGAGUGGGAGGAGGCUGCAGUUUGGCGUAGCGGUCCUGGACAACCGUUUGUAUGUGGUGGGGGGACGAGAUGGUCUGAAGACCCUCAACACGGUGGAGUGUUACAAUCCCCGCAGCAAGAGCUGGAGUGUCAUGCCGCCCAUGUCCACACACAGACAUGGCCUUGGUGUUGCCGUGUUAGAAGGCCCCAUGUAUGCAGUGGGAGGUCAUGACGGAUGGAGUUAUCUCAGUACGGUAGAGCGCUGGGACCCUCAAGCUCGCCAAUGGAGCUUUGUUGCAUCCAUGGCAACGCCUCGAAGCACUGUGGGAGUUGCAGUCUUAAACAGCAAGCUGUAUGCAGUAGGUGGCAGGGAUGGAAGUUCAUGUCUGAAAUCAGUGGAGUGUUUCGACCCUCAUACCAACAAAUGGAGUAGCUGUGCACACAUGUCUAAACGCAGAGGCGGUGUUGGUGUAGCAACGUGGAAUGGUUUCCUGUACGCUAUUGGUGGCCAUGAUGCCCCAGCCUCAAGCUUGGCAUCACGACUGUCAGACUGUGUGGAAAGGUACGACCCAAAGACGGACAUGUGGACAGCAGUAGCUCCCAUGAGCCUUAGCAGGGAUGCGGUAGGGGUGUGUCUUUUAGGGGACCGUCUCUAUGCCGUGGGUGGUUAUGAUGGCCAGGUGUACCUGAACACUGUGGAGGCCUACGACCCCCAAACCAAUGAGUGGACACAGGUGGCACCAUUGUGUUUAGGUCGAGCUGGAGCCUGCGUGGUUGUCGUGAAGCUUUGAAAUGCCUCCUGCUGUCAAUCAUCUCCAUGGUGACCAUCCCGGAAUUAACCUACAGUGCUUUUGAUGUAGUGUAUAUGGACAGAUCUGAACAUCUGCUGACCAGAGCUGAGAAUAUCAGAGUACUAAACUGUGGUCUCCUAGUAUGUAUUUAUCUAUUAAAAUCUGUCUAUUUUAUGGCUAUGCACAUUAAGAACUAGACUUCCUCCUUUUCUGUGGCUGAGAGGGUUGAACAAUUUUAAUGGCCAUUCAUUCAUCUGUAAUCCCUCCAUUUAACCCCAUCUUUUCUCGUCUUUGGCUACGUUCACACAGUGUUUAAGAUUGGAAUGUUUGGUAUUUAUUAACAGGUGUGACUUUCAAAUUGUCCAGUACACACAAGUUAUAGGAGUGUCUAGAAUAUGUCUGUAUAAACGAGUAAAGGAAGUCAAUCCCUUUUCCUAUUUUCCUAAAAGCAGUGAAUAACGCAUGUACUGUAACCAUAAUGACAGUGACCUAAGAAAAUAUUAAAGAUGGCAACUUCCAUAACACCAUAACAGUUGACAACAUUAUGUAUUAAACAAGUCCAAUCGAGGUGCAAAUUCAUCUGUUAAAUCUUAAAGGAAUAUUUCACCCAAAAAUUUAAAUUCUGUCAUUGUUUACAGUACUCACCCUCAUGUUGCUCCAUGGAACACAUUUUUUACUUGAUUUGAAAGUGAGCAACAACUUAAAUUUUGUUCUCAUAUUGCUUCAGAAGACUUGGAAUAUAGUGCAUGAGUCAUUUAUGAGACAUUACUUUUUUUGUUGUCAGUCUUGCUCAUAACCAAACUGUGUGUGAACAUAACCAUACUCUAAAACAGGACUGGUGACUGUAUACUGUUACUGUGUUAAUGUUGCUUCAGGGUAUGAAUAUGAGUGUGUGUUGUGCUAUAACUGGAAUAUGUGCAGCCAAAUGUUCUCUCUAGAAAUUAUCUGUCGUCUAAGAAUAGCCUGAGUGCAGUUUAGUGGCUCAGGGGGAAGUGUGAGUGUGAGAGAGAGAACAGGAAAAAGUGUGUGCAUUUCCUCCCUCCUAUUUUAAAAGCAAGCAUUCUUAAAGGAAUAGUUCACCCAGAAAUGAAAAAUCUCUAAUCAUUUACUCACCCUUAUGCCAUCCCAGGUGUGUAUGACUUUCAUUCUUCUGCUGAACACAAACUGAGAUUUUUAGAAGAAUAUUUCUGCUCUGUAGUUCCUCACAAUGCAACUAAAUGGGUAUCAAAGCUCCAAAAUGGACAUAAAGGCAGCAUAAAAGUAAUCCAUAAGAGUCCAGUGGUUAUAUCUAUAUCUUUAGAAGCAAUAUGAUAGUGUGGGUUAGAAAUGUUUAAUCAAUGUUUAAGUUUUUACCAUGAAUUCUCCUCCUUUCCCAGCAGGUGGCGAUAUGCACGAAGAAUGCAAAGCAGCAAAAACAAAAGAUGAAGAGUGUGAAAGUCAAAGUGGAGGUUGAUAGUAAAAAGGACUUAAAUAUUGACUGUUAUUUACCUACACUUAUCAAAAUGCUUCUGAAGACAUGGAUUUAACCACUGGAGUCUCAUAGAUUACUUUUAUGCUGCCUUUAUGUGCAUUUAGGUUUAUAUUAUGAAUUACAGUGAUGUGUUGACCCACAUAUCUCUUCUCCAAAGAUCCAUCAGGUAUACUCAUGGUUUAUUAUAGGGAUGUUUGUUGCUGGGUUUGCAUUCUCAACACAAGCGUACCAUUCCAGAGUACAUUUAAAAUCGGACAGAAACUACCACAUUGAGGUGGUCUCAGACCGAUUGUUUUGGUAUGGAUCCAAGUGCGAUUGCUAUGUUCAUAUAUGCCUGAACAAACCAAACUAAGGGAGGAAAGGCACCAGAUUUCAAAACAAAUUUUACAAACGAACUGUGAUAAUGCCAUUAGCGCCUAAGUAAGCUUUUAAUAUACACUGAUGAGCCAACACAUUAUGACCCCUCACAGGUGAAGCAAAUAACACUGAUCAUCUCCUAACAAGACCACAUAUCAAGGUCUGGGUAGAUUAGAUGGUAAGCAAACAAUCAGUUCUUGUAGUCAAUGUGUUCAUUGCAGGAGAAAUGUGCUGGAGUAAAGACCUGAGUGACUUUGACAAGGGCCAAAUUGUUAUGGCCAGACAACUGAGUCAAAGCAUAUUUGAAACUGCAAGGUUUGUGGGGUGCUUCCAGUCAGCAGUGGUGAGUACCUACUGACAGUGGUCCGAGGAGGGACAAACCACAAACCGGCGAAAGGGCAACGAAGGCUGUCCCAUCUGGUCAGAACCGACAGAAGAUCUACUGUACAAGUCAUAGAAAAUUUCAAUAAUGGUUAUGGGAGGAAUAUGUCACAAAACUGUGAAUCGCACCCUGCUGCGUAUAGGGCUGCAUAGCCACAGACCUGUCAGAGUGCACAUGAUGACCCCUGUCCACCGUUGAAAGUGCCUAAAAUGGGCACCUGGGCGUCGAAACUGGGAGCAGUGGAAGAAGUGGUCCGAUGAGUCCCGUUUUCUUUUACCUCACAUGUGCAGCCGUGUACGUGUGUGCUGUUUACCUUGGGAAGUGAUCGCACCAGGAUGUACUGUGUAUAGAUGACAAACCAGUGAAGGGAGUGUGAUGCUCUGGGCAAUGUUCUUCUGGGAAACCCUGGGUCCGGCCAUUCACAUGGAUGACAAUUUGACACGUGCCACCUACCUAAACAUCUUUUCAGUCCAGGUACUCCCCUUCAUGGCAAUGGUAUUCCCUGAUGGCAGUGGCCUCUUUCAGCAGGAUAAUGCACCCUGCCACUCUGCACACAUUGUUCGGGAAUGGUUUGAGGAACAUGAUGAAGAGUUUAAGGUGUUGCCCUGGUCUCCAAAUUCCCCAGAUCUCAAUCUGAUUGAGCAUUUGUGGGAUGUGCUGGACCAAAAUGUCUGAUCCAUGGUGGCUCCACCUCACACCUUACAGGACUUGAAGAAUCUGCUGCUAAUGUCUUGGUGCCAGAUACCACAGGACACCUUCAGGGGUCUUGUAGAGUCCAUGCCUCGGUGGGUCGGUGCUGUUUUGGUGGUACGCGGAGGACCAACAGCAUACAAGGCACAUAACGGUCAUAAUGUUUUGGCUCAUCAGAGUAGAUCCGAGUCCCUUUGUUGUCAGAGUUUGGUUUGGGAAAACGCUUUCACACCAAACAAACCAAAUUCUAAUGUGAAUAGCACUCAGGUCCACAUUAAAAGUUCUACUGUGAAAGCACCCUUAGAAACGGUUUGCAAUGAGUGACAUAUAAUUUUCUCCUUUGCAUGCUCCCUAUCACAAUUAUAGUGUGAUUUGUAGAGAGAGAGAUGAACAUGGGGAGAUAACAGAGUUUAAGAUAACAAAUCUGUACUAAACUCUAAUCAAGAAACAUCUUGAUUAGUCUUUCUACCAAAAUCACAUAAAAUCUUUAGAGAGGUUGCAAAACUGAUCAGUAAUGGAGAGACAAAUAGAACAAUGAGCUUCUAGAGAUAACAACUUGGGCAAAAACUUUGGAUGGAAGAAAAAAAUUAGAAGUGAGAGUAGAAAUUCCACUGAGAUUUAUGCUAAGAGUAGAAAUUCACUUUGACAUUAUCAGUGCAUUAUAAGCGUGCAUGUCUUCGAUUUAUUUGUAUUUUAUCUGCACAAAGACAGUCAGAGUACAUCAGCAAUAUUGCAUGUGAAAAUUAUAAUUACACAUACAAGGGAGCAACACAAUCUUUCAUUAUUCACAGUGCGCUUCAAGCUCAGAAAAAGAACAUCAUAGGUCUAAUGCAUAUUCAAAACCUCUGAAUCAUUGUUUCUAUUUUUUGAACUUGGAAAAACAUCCAGUACUCAGCAGUGGAGGAAGUUAACAGUGCACUGUUUCUGUAGCGGUUCCUCUGUUGAGUUGAGAUUUUGCCAGAUUUAGAAAAAGUUAAUUGUAAAUUGUUCUUGUGUUUCCCCUUUGAUGUCCUAUUCAUAUUGUUUCUAUUCUAAUUCAUCUUCAAAAUAACUGAGGAUAUUCUGGGUCACUAGCCAUUUAAUGGAAAUAAAUUCUGCCCAAGAGCAGGAAAAUGGAACUAAGGCGUAGAGUGGAUAAAUCCCAAAAUACAUCUCUAUUUCAAUGACCCGCAAGUAUAUGGAAAAAUACACAAUGCAUAAACAGCUAGUUCCAACAGGAUGAGACAAGAAAAUUAGGGAUGCAACUCAAAUAUAAUUUAAUGAAUCUCUUGUAACCCUACCUCCACUUUUACUUUGAAAAUUUUGUUUGACGGUGAGACAAAUCAUUUUUAUUUACUGUGAGAUACAGAAUCAGAGAAGAGAAUUUAGAUGCAGACAACUGAAUUUAACAAACCCUUUUGAUUGCUUCACUGCAUGCAUUAAUUUUGCCUGACUACUGCAAUGUCUCUAUUCACCUGUCUCAUUUUCCAUAUCUUUCUCCCUUUGAUCUUUUUAUUCAGGUGUGUAUCGAAGUGCUUGUAGAGAGAGAACAUCAUGUUGUGUAUGUUUGUGUGUGUGUGUGUUACUGCCAUAAUCUUAAACCCCAUGCUAAGUACAAAGUACAGCUUCAAAAGUCACAGAAAAUAGAUUUGGGAUUUUGAUCCAUAUAUCCAGUUCUCUUUUAACUCCCAAAAUGUAUUUCAGUGUUUUAAAUGGAAGAAAGAGUGUAUGGAGAAAAACAGAAUGUAGUGACAGAACAGUAGAGAUCAGGAAAAACUAAAGGUGUAGAAAAGAGAGGGAGAGAGAGCACCACAUAACAUUUUCAAUAGGAUAUUUUCACUAGAUUCUUUUCAUUAAGUAGAUAUAAAUGGAAAUAUAACAACAUUGUAACACCAUACUGUUGCCUUACUAUCAUAUUUUAUCAUUAUGUUGUAAUGUCUGUCCAUUGGGUUGGGUCAUGCCAGUGUAGCUAUGACAUUUUAAGCGUUAUGAGAUGAGCAAAUGAAAGAUUUGGGUAUGAAAUAUCACUUCUUCCGUUUGGUUUCUUGGGGGACCGAAUUGUAAAAGCAAGUUUAUAUCCAAUAAUUUCCAGGUUACACCUGUAAAAAAUUAUAUAGGUCAAUGUAACAUAUUUUGGUACACAUUUCAGUGUGUGCUCUGUUUCAAACUUUCAACAUAUUCAUACAUGAUUUGAUAAUCAUAGGUGUAUUUUAUUUGUACUGGGCACCAUACAUUGUGCCAAUCAUAAAUAUAGAAGAAGCAAAGCAUAUAACAUAAGAGGAGACAACAGCUUUGAAAAAGACAACAAUCACAUGUGGAUGUGUAAAAUGUACAAUAGAGCAUAUACUUAUUCAUUACAGUGUUAAAUGAAAUCUUGUGGAAAAUGUAAACAGUUUGUAAAAAAAUGUUACACAGCAGUUUAUCUUCAUUGUGCAUCAUUACAAGAGAAUGCCUUUUAUUUAUAAUUAUGUCUGGGUAUAUACAUACACAUACAUAUAUAUACAGUAUGUACACCGAUCAGCCACAACAUUAAAACCACCUGCCUAAUAUUGUGUUGGUGCUGUUUUGGUGGCACGAGGGGGAUUAACACAAUAUUAGGCAGGUGGUUUUAAUGUUGUGGCUGAUCGGUGUUUAUGAUUUGACAUACAGUAUGUGAUUAGAAUAUUUAUAUCUUCAUGAAGCUGUAUUACAUCUGAAUGUUAUGAAUGUGACAUCUUGUGUAAUGAAUGCACUACUGUUUUAUAUGUCAUCUUUUGUAUCUUAAAUACUGGAAAAUGUGUCUGUUAAAAAAGUGGCUGACCACUGGGGGAAAUCACUCUGAAGUGUUAUGCAUAUUGUCAUAUACAUGUUGUACUUUCAGCAGAGGUUGCUACCUAUACUGUAUGAUGAUGGGAGGCAGAAGUGAUUUUUUUAUUACUAUUAUAAAAUGAAUUGCUGUCCCCUAAAAAAUGUUCUUGUACAUUCCACAGUCUGUUGUUUGAUUUAUGAGUAUUUUUGGUCAUUAAAGUCUACAAAUCUAAA